CCGCGGCUUAUCUAAAAGUGUCACAUUCCAGUGACAGUGAGAAAAUUCUGUAAAAGAAAAGUGCGACGGCUGGAGAUGAGUUUUUCCAACUGGGAUUUGCUAAUUGAAUAAUAGUGCAUUGAUUGUGUGCUAAGUUGAUUGUUAUUGUGCCAUGUGACGACUUUGUGAUGCAAUCUCAGCAAUUGCAAUUGGAAUUGAUGAUAAAUCUCAGGCUCAAGUGAUGAAUUCGCUUCUGUUUCUGACACUUCCGUGAACACUUUUUUUCUCUUUUUUCGCCCCCGCGCGACUCUACUUUCACUCCGCGGAGGGAUAGUGUCUACUGAGGGCUUCCUAGAAGUCCGUGUGCUAGUGAUUUGUUCUGUGCAGUGGCAUUUUGUCCUUCCCGGAAUGUGAUGGAAUUUUGGGCGGAGAAAUUUCCAUGAAGAAACUCCCGGAAAUGCCUAAAGUCCAGAGACUCUGCACAAGUGCGACUGGAUUGAUUCGCACUUUCUGCAUCAAUGGUGUGGAUUUAUCGUGAAUGCUGGGGCUACUCUUUGCCCAAUUUGUAAUGCAGUGUCCUCGAGUGAAAGAGUGGGGACUAAAGUGCUUGGCGGUGUUUGGUGGAUUUUAGGUUAAGAUAAAAGAAGCAAAAAGUAAUCCAUAUAGUGUUUAUGUGUGGGGAGUGGGAGGCAAAAUAGUGAGAUGCAGGCGAAGAAACGGUAUAUCCUGGUGUUCGUGUCAUGUGCUUUCCUGGCCUAUUGCUACUUCGGUGGGUAUCGCCUCAAAGCCCAUCGCGGGGCGACGGAACCCAGUAGCUUGCCCUCCUUCGCACAGUUGGACCUGGAUGACCAGGCGCCUGCUGUCCAAUCUGGGGCACCUUCUCCGCGUCCCGAUAGACAGGCCGGAGAGUCUAAGAAGGCCUGUCGGAUGGAGACAUGCUUCGAUUUCUCACGCUGCUACAGCGACUUCCUCGUUUAUGUCUAUCCCCCGGAACCCCUCAAUUCUCUAGGAGCUGCCCCUCCCAUCAGUCCCAAUUACCAGAAAAUCAUCUCUGCCAUCACGGAGAGCAGGUAUUAUACGACAGAUCCCGAGAAAGCCUGUCUCUUUGUCCUGGGCAUUGAUACACUGGACAGGGAUUCCUUGAGUGAGGAUUACGUGAGGAAUGUUCCGUCGAGGCUCCAGAGACUGCCAUAUUGGAACAAUGGGCGCAAUCACAUAAUUUUCAAUCUGUACUCAGGAACAUGGCCAGACUAUGCUGAGUACAGUUUGGGCUUCGAUCCGGGAGAGGCAAUUCUGGCCAAGGCCAGCAUGAGUAUUCAGCAAAUACGUCCCGGUUUCGAUAUCAGUAUACCACUGUUUCACAAGCAAUUUCCCCUCCGUGCUGGCAAUUCGGGAUUCGUGGUCAGCAACAAUUUUCCGGCCAACAAAAAGUACUUGCUUGCCUUCAAGGGAAAAAGAUACGUCCAUGGAAUUGGUUCCGAAACGAGAAAUUCACUAUUUCACUUGCAUAAUGCCAGGGAUUUGGUGUUGGUCACGACAUGUCGUCAUGGCAAAAGUUGGCGCGAAUUGCAAGACGCUCGCUGUGAUGAGGAUAAUCGAGAAUACGACAGAUAUGACUAUGAAAUGCUACUGCAGAAUUCAACGUUUUGCCUUGUUCCACGGGGACGUCGUUUGGGGUCAUUUCGAUUUCUUGAAGCUCUUCAGGCUGGAUGCAUUCCAGUGCUGCUAUCAAAUUCCUGGGUGCUUCCAUUUCAGUCCAAAAUUGACUGGACACAGGCAGCUAUUUGGGCUGAUGAACGUCUUCUGCUGCAGGUGCCGGAUGUUAUAAGAUCCAUCUCAGCCAGUCGCAUCCUGGCACUGCGGCAACAAACCCAGGUACUCUGGGAUAGGUAUUUCAGUUCCAUCGAGAAGAUUGUAUUCACAACUUUUGAGAUUAUUCGUGAGCGUAUUCCCGACUAUCCCCAACGUAACGGACUGGCAUGGAAUUCAGCUCCGGGAGCUCUGCUUACAUUACCAACAUAUUCUGAUAGCCUGUGGCAUAUGCCAUUUCAUAUGGACAUACAGGAUUAUCAACCUGGUCAUAACUACACUGCUAUUAUAUUUGUACAAAUUGGAACAUCACUGACACCAAAUACAGCACUCUAUCGACUAGUCAAAAGUAUAACACGAAGUCAAUUUGUGGAUAGGAUAAUAAUUCUGUGGGCGUCUGAUCGUCCUAUUCCAUCACGCAAGAGAUGGCCACCAACUGGUCAUAUUCCCCUCAAUGUAAUACAAAGCAAUACUAAUGAAGAUCGUACGAGUAUAUCCCAAAGAUUUUAUCCUCAUCAGUUGAUUCGAACUGAUGCAAUAUUGUCCCUCGAUGAAGAUGCUAUACUCAAUACAGAAGAAUUGGAUUUUGCAUAUCGGGUUUGGAGGGAUUUUCCCGAUCGAAUUGUUGGCUAUCCAGCUCGUGCGCAUUACUGGGAUGAUGGAAAGAAUGCAUGGGGCUACACAUCAAAAUGGACCAAUUACUAUUCCAUUGUCCUGACUGGAGCUGCAUUUUAUCAUCGAUACUACAAUUAUCUCUAUACUAAUUGGCUUUCGCUGUUACUGCUGAAAACUGUUCAGCAAUCGUCCAAUUGUGAGGAUAUCUUGAUGAAUUUCUUGAUAUCGCACGUGACGAGGAAACCACCAAUUAAGGUGACACAGAGAAAAGGAUACAAAGAUAGAGAGAGUGGCAGAUCACCAUGGAAUGAUCCUGAUCAUUUUAUUCAACGACAAAGCUGCUUAAAUACAUUUGCUGCGGUUUUUGGAUAUAUGCCACUUUUGCGAUCCAAUUUACGGCUCGAUCCUGUUUUAUAUCGUGAUCCUGUAUCAAAUUUGAGGAAAAAAUAUCAUCAAAUAGAAUUAGUUGGUAGCUAGCGAUACAUUUACAAUUUUAAAAAGUGAAAAUAGGAUGAUAAAUGAGUGCUGCUAUGAGAAAAUAUAGUUCAUUUUGUGACGUGCUUGAGAAAAUUAUUGAGCAAAAAUAAUUAUAAAAUUGAAUAAGGAUCGUAACAACUGUGAAUAGUAGAAUUUUCGCUUAGAAUAUUGCGAUAAAUUCUCUGACUUGUUACUAACCAAAAUUCAAAUGUGAAAAAUGCCAUAAGCUAGUUGAUAAACAAUUGUAGAGAUGUUUUUAUUUUUUUCGUUAUCGUGUCUGACAACAGUGUAUUACAUAAUUUUAUACGUAUUUAGUGUAAAUAGCUAUGAUUGUAGGGGGAAGAGGUGAAAGAAAAAGUCAGUAUAUAGAGAUUAUUUGACGAAUUCUAUAAAUAGAAAAGUAAAGAAAAAAGAAACUGUUCCACAUAAAAUUUUUAUGAGCUUUUAAUGAAAAAAGAGAUUUUGAUUUUUUUUAUUUUUUAUUUUUAUAAAAAAACGGAAUAACUUCUAUUUUGACUUUUGCACAGGAGAAUGUCUACCAAAAUCUAAUGGAAACUUAUGACACAUAUUUUAUAUGGGAUGAUUACUCGGAGUAGAGAAGUAAUGACGUAAAGAAAAAGAUGUACAUUAUUGUAAAAGGGAUAUAAAGAUAAUAGCUAGAAAGGGAACUGAAACAAAUAUUUACAGGAAAAAAUAUCAAACCAUUCAAAUACAUUGCAACCCGAAUAAAAAGAAAAUAAA